AAAAAUGUGGUUGGAUAAAGUUUGUAAGCAUGACAUACAAAGUUACGAGCUCUCUCUUUUUUCGCCAAUUAUAGGCAAAUAGAUCCAUUAACUUUUUUGUUUUCUUCAUCUGAGCUAACAGAUGGAUAGCUCCAAUAUUGCUCAACGUUUUAUUUUUUGUUAGGUCGUGGUUGUGAGGGGCUAUAAGCUAGCUGUUGAACAUGUUAACAGAUGGUUACUCUGUGCCAACAGUCACAAACUCAGAUGUGAAUUUCUAAUGGACCAUCUAAAGAGAAAAUGUCCUAAAAAAACACUUUUUUGAGACUAAAAACUGCAUAAUCAUGAUCAAAAGAAACUAUUUUAUUUUAGACUAUUUUAGAUUAUUGAGGUCAGACUUUAGCUAUACCUGCUUUUGUUUGGUUCAGUCAGGGAAUCAGACAUUUUAAACCCCAAGACAGAUUUCGGCUUCACAGAGAAAUUUGAAUAGAUUGAAUUUUUCUAGACUUUUUUUGUUUUAUCUUUUUAAUUUUAAACCUGCAGUAAAACGGCGAAGUACAGCAUAAAUUUUGCAUCCCAGAAUCAUCAGUAAACAUGGCGAACAUGCAGGCACAGAUCCACGAGUAUGUUUUUAGGAAAGCACCAGCGUGUGAACAUGUGAGGGUGAACUGCUGAACCCGUGCAGAGGCUUCAUGGAGGAGGGAAACCAGCUCCAGCUCAUCCAUUUGUUCUGUGACUGAGCGCGGAGCCAGCACAUGUGCUCUCACAACAGCCUGCCGCACCAUGUGGGCGUUUGAGAUGCUGUGUGGGAGGAGGUAGGUGAGGGCAAUGAAGGAAUCAGAAGUCAGGUGCUCCCUCACUCGGCUUCUGAAGGUGAGCUUGCUUUGGUCCUCAUUUGGCUCCCAUCUGUGGUGCACACACACACUUUCUUUGUGUGAUGUUUUUUUUUGUUGUUUUGUUUUCAAAUUGUCCUCCGGAAGUCUUUGUUUGACAGCCACACACCCACCCAGCCUGCUCCCUCCCUCCACGCUCUCCUCUCUGCCUCACCACUUUCAGCCUGCAUCUCGUUUCUCAUUUGCAUUUCUUCCGCUUCCUUGUGACGAGCGAGAGCUCGUGCUGAAAAACUCGGAGCAGCUCAGGCUGGAGAGGAACAGCCUGAGCAGAGGGGGGCUUUCACCACACGAGGUGUCACUGAGACGGUAAUAGAGUCUCUGGUUCAUCGCAACGGCAGCAGUUACCAUGGAGACUAGCAAGCCGACAUUGGGAAGUCUUCCAGUGCAUAUCAGCUCUGUCGCAACUCAGGCAGAGAAGAGGAUGGCUGUCCAGGCUCCGCUGACUGCACUGUACAUACACCCGGUGCCUGCUUUGCCGCUGCAGCCUUACCCCCAGUCUCCUGCCGCUCUAAGCAGGACAGCAGCUCUCCAUCUGGCCGUUCCGCCGCUUACCCCCAAAGACAAACUUCCUUUCCUGACUCUGCACAUCGCCAGUGGGCUGCAGCCUCAGCCCUCUCAAAAUCCAGCUUCUCCUGCUGCAGCCAGACCCAAAUCGGCGGGGAAGCACGUGUGCCCCCACUGUGGACGAGACUGCAUGAAGCCCAGCGUCCUGGAGAAGCACCUUCGUUGCCACACGGGGGAGCGGCCUUACCCCUGCACCACCUGUGGAGUUUCUUUUAAGACUCAGAGCAACCUUUACAAGCACAAACGUACCCAGGCCCAUGCCCGGCUCUCCUCUGAGUCGGAACACAGCAGCUUGGACAGUUCCAGAGAGAACUGUGUGUCCAUCUUGUCUCUUGAUGAGCGCGAAGAAGAGUCUGCCGGCAUGGAGAAAAACCUCUCUGAGAUCUCCAUCCCAGCCAGCAAUGCUCAGGUUAGCUCUGUACACACACAAGGAGUCAGUGAACACAAAGAACAAUGUGCAGGAAAGGAAGGUAGAGAAAAAUUAACAGAGGAAAAGACUAGACAAAAGAUGCCAAGUCUGGAUCCGCAUCUGACUUUUGGUCGACACCUUCCCCUUCAGAGACAAGAGGCCAUGCUGCUUCCUGAGCGCUGGGAGCGCUCAGUCUCGAAGGGCAAAUCCCAGAGUCACGAGAGCACAGAUUCUGGCUUCAGCGAGAGCAGCGACCACUACCCAAGCCCCAGGAGUAGUUUAACAGACCACAGCAUGGACUCACUCAGCAGGUCUUUCAAGGAGAGCAUAGAGGAAACCAGCAGCCCGGCACCGCCGACUUCAGAGAGAGCAGAACAGGAACCCAAAGCUAUGAGAAGGGAGCAGGAGCAAAGGAUUCUGGAGGAGCGAAUUUCCAAGUUGAUAUCUGAGAACACAGCUGUCGUGGAGGACAAACAGCUGGAGAAUGUGAGGCCCAGGAAGACGGUUCUGUCCAAGCAGGGCAGCAUCGACCUCCCCAUGCCGUACACCUACAAGGACUCGUUCCACUUUGACAUGAGGAUUAACGGGCCUCAGAAAGCAGGGCUUUUGCAAAAACAUGACAGGGCCGGGUUGUACUGUUCUGUUCCCACUCAACGGGCCUCCACUGUGGAUCAUGCCCCCUUGACACGCAGCAACUCCCUGCCUUUCAGCGUCACCCUCCUGCAGCCGGAGACCGCUCCGUCCCCCUCCCAUCACAACGAUUACAUAAGCCUAGCCCGCAGGGGAAGCUCUGGCCAGAUCCAUCCAACAGGUUUGGCAACAAAGCCUGUGAACCAGCACUCAUCCACCCACCGCACACUAGUCCGGCAAACAGCCGUAGACUGCAACCACGCAACAGACGCUCUCCUCACAAGUUCAGCUGUGGAGGAGGCGCGCGCCGGCAGCCUCAGCUGCGAUGGAGAUGAGGUAAACAGCAGAAAGUUCCGGAGGAAGAAGGCACAGAAGUUCGCAUAUAACAAGUGGUACAUGUACGGAGGAGGAACGUUCAAAAAGCUCUACAGCGCAGAGCAAUGUGGAGACAGCAGUCCUUUGAAAAGCAGGAAGUGCUCCACAAACCCAGAGCAUGAAAGUGUCCUCUGUUCACAGAAAAGCACAGAAUCUGUGCUAAACUUCGCAAACAGUAGGGAAACCUCAAUUAGGCUUCCGGUGGCCUCCUCUUUGGAUUUCAGUCAACAAACAAGUCCACUGGAUUCUCAACCUAAGAGAAACGUGUCAUGGCUGCCACGGACACCAUUGAUGAAUGGAUCAAAGACAGAGGCUGGAAGGCAAACGGAUGCUGAUCCACACUCUGACUCCACGUCGCAGCUCUUUACCCCCCAAAGUCCUUCUGACAGGAAGAAGCAAAGAACGGAAAAGAAAACAGCUUCACCCAUGGAGGUGGAGGCUGACCCCACAAGCUGCACCCCUGACACCAGAACAGUUCUGAAGAACGCAAGUCAAGAAAAUCCAGAGCUUUUCAGGAUGAGCGGAGCUCUCCUGGUUCCAUGUAUGGCCAGCGCACUUGCACCGCCGGUGGGCACCUCAGGAGCUAUGCCUAUCCCAUCUGUCGUUAGAAGCAGCUUCCUGCCCAAGUACCAACUCAAAUUACCCCACGUUUCUGAUUCCAGUCCCUCACAGCCAGCGGAAGAGGAAUCCAAAACAAUGGAGGACUGCGGCCUCGACUCAAAUAGCAAGUUGUCAUCUGCAAAGAGUAACAGUAUCUGUGCAAAUCCCACUGUUUCGCCUCAAAGCUGUGACGUCAGCAGAACACCCGUCUCCUUAUCAGACCGACUUGCCUGGCCUGGCACAGUUACAGCUCUCUGUCAGGCUUCGUGUCUCACAAACAGUUGCAGCCUGCCUGCCGUGCACAGGCAGUUUGCAGCGACCACAAUAACCACAAGCUGCCUCAAGGAUUAUCAGAGAGGACUGAGCUGCAGUUUGAGUCAUACUUUGAAAUCUGCAGCGGUGUCUGCAGUGUCACUCUCACCUCUCACACCUGCAGGUUUGCCUUCUGCCACAGCCACCCAACAAACCCCAGCUGCUGCUGUCACAUCUCGUCACAAUCCUCCUUCCCCAACACACAAGCCAUCGUCUGAGAGCCAUGUCAAGCUGGAAAACUUGAAAUCAAACUCCUCAGCUGCACCAUAUCUCUUAACGCCUUCUGCCCACGCCCAGCCAGCUCCAAAUGUGUUUCACAUGCACACAGCAGACCUGCAGAUCUGCCUUCAGAUCAUCUCAGACGAGCAGCUGGCUCUCAUUGAACACCAGAUUGAGCGUCCAGCAGAUGUCGGUGUGCCCCAGAGCCACAAAGCUUCAGGCCCAGACACUACUGAGGGUGAAGCUGGAGGCUUCACUGCGAUGGAAAACGAAAAGGGGAACCACACACCCCUGAGAAGUGAAAAGACAGAAGGACUGAAAACAACUCACCAAACACCUCAACAGUCAGCCAUAUCUGCAAAAGGAGGCCUGAACCUGAGUGAGCGUGAGAACACCUCUCAGGGUUCAGCAUCAGCAGGAUCUCUGGAUAGAAUCACAGUUUUCUCUGCAGGCACAUCAACUGCUGCUUCACCCAGAAGCGUACAGCCAAGAGGCGGACAAAACUCAGAGGAAAAACAAGCCUUUUUUCCAACACAUUGUGCUGAGAAGCAGCUUUUUUUAGACUGGAGGGUCAGAGAUAGCCCUGCAGUCACCCAAACUCUUUCAAAACAACAUGAGAACGGAGGGAUUUCUAUUCCUAACAACUCUGUGCACCAGAACAGAGUGGCAGGAGUAAUUCAGGGGGAGGAUCACCACCACAAACCCCCAAAUCCAGGAACCCCGUGUCUCCCGGAAACAAUCAAAUCCAACUGUGAUGCUUUGGGCUUUGAAAGCAGGUUAGAAAGUGGAGAUUGUGUCAGUCAGGCUGCAAAACAGCUAAACCCUCAGAGGUCUGUCUGCUGCCAUCAGUCAUCACACACGGAUCAGAGUUCACCAAAGGAGGCAAACAUCCAUCACCUCAGACCGACAGACACAUCCUCGCCUUCGCUGCAGCUUACUGCUCCAGGGUCAGAGGAGACAGUCAGUUCAGAGCUCCAACAAAAAACUGUGGGUCCGUUUUCCUCUCUGCCGUCUAAAACUCCCCUGCAGGGAUCUACAGACGCUGUAGUAGCGAGCACAGGCAUCCAGAACCUGAGUCCAGGGCUUGGUCAAGAACAUUCCCUGGAGGCUGGAACAACCGGGGGAGCGCUGCAGACACGGGAACAUGCAGGAACUCCCGUGGAGCUGGAGGACACGGACUGGAGAUCAGAGGAGGGCCGGCGGGCCAUGGAAGAGCAGGGUGGUCGUGGGGUGUCUGCAGAGGACCACAGCAGACGAAUGUGGAUUGGAGACGUAUCAGAGUCUGGCUGCAGAAAUGUGAUUGGAGCACAGCUACAGGCAGAUGACAAAAGGGUCCAGGGGGACUCCUUUAAAACCUCGCAGCAUCUUCAGUAUCUAUCCCAGGCUGGAACACAGAGUCCUCAGCAAGCUCCAGACAAACUGAGUAACCUCCAUUUUUCUGCCAGUGGUGUUCACACAGAUCUUUUUAACCUUCCAUCGCUGGAAAACAACCAUCUAUAUCCACCCCAGCAGAACUGGGCAAGCAGCAGCAUCCACAGCCAACAAACACGGGUCUUAUAUGAACCAGCCUCAAGUGGAAAUAUGAUAGCCAGGGUUAAUUUAUCAGAAACACAAAAUGUUUUUGCAAGAACUGAACCAGACCUUCAAAAAAGUCAAGGUUUCUCACAGAAGCAGCUCUCUCUCAGCAGACUCCCCACUCAGCAAGGAAAUACCACUGUGGGUCAUGACAACACUGCUGUGAGCUGUCAGUCAUAUGUAAGUCAUACAUUAACUGCCCCAGGAGGCUUCAACAAUUGUGGCCUCUCACCUGAAUUCUUAGCGUUUUCCUCUGCAUCGCAUAGCCAAGUUUCUCAAGUCUGCAGAGCUGCUGCUGCUGGGCGAGCAGCAGACGUCCAGCCUGCAGGUAGCCGCCAGAGUCCAUCAACACUUUCUGCAUGUCCACAGACCCGAGACACGACAGACGUGACACCACAGGACAGUACAAGCUGUGGAGGAGCGGACAGCACCAGCAAACAUCAGUCUGCUUUCCUAACUGGGCUGUUUCGUGGCUUUCAGGCAGCUGAGUGUCUGAGCGCGGCGAGGCCUGUGCAGCCGAGCUGUCAGGACGACGCAGAGGAGACCAGCAGCAGUGAUGACGAAGGAAAGCUCAUCAUUGAGCUGUAGAAGAAACACAAACACACUUCACGGGAAAGGUUUCUUUCAAGACCGAAAUUUACAGGAAAAAACUGCAGGAUAAGCUCAAAGAAACUUUUUUUUGUUUGAUUGGGGUUUUGUAUUGUUUAUUUUUGAGCACUGAAGGUCAAACUACUGUUAAGGAAGAGCAAAACUAAAAUGUUUCCUAACAAUAUGAUUUCAUUUGUUUUAAUAUGUUUUUUUUAAUCAAUACUGCUAUCGAUAUGGACAUUUGCUGCAUCAAAGUGAAAAAAAUGUGACAUCUUGGGCAUCAGCUGCUGUAAUUACAUGACAUGAAAUAAAACACUGGAUGUUUAA